AUGACUGACCCGCCAACUUCAAACUCCAACUCCGAGACAGACUCCUCAAGCAUUUACACCUACUCCUACUCGCCAACCUCAUCUUCCCCAUCUUCGUCUGGGUUAUCACCAAACCCGGUAUCUAAACCCGACCCGGAAGAAAAUCCGAGGAAACAGAAGAGGCCAAGGGACAGCAGCAACAACAGCAAGCACCCGGUAUUUAGGGGGGUACGAAUGCGGUCAUGGGGGAAAUGGGUAUCGGAGAUCCGGGAACCAAGAAAGAAGAAUCGGAUCUGGCUAGGCACUUUCUCCACCCCAGAAAUGGCAGCACGUGCCCAUGACGUUGCAGCCUUGAGCAUUAAAGGCAACGCAGCCAUCCUCAACUUCCCCGAACUAGCCGAGUCCCUGCCCCGGCCCGCUUCUAACUCUCCACGUGACGUCCAAGCUGCCGCCGCUAAAGCCGCUUCCAUGGACUUUAACAUUGUCACAACAGCUUCUACCAAUGUCUGCGAAGACGAAAACAACAGUAAUAAUAACAGUAGGGCCAGUGAUAAUAAUGUGUCGUCGUCCUCACUAAUGACGCAGUCCUCCUCCUCCUCUUCUUCAUCUUCAACAGCAGAGGUGACGUCGUCUCCAAGUGAGAUGGCGACCCCUGAAGAACUGAGUGAGAUAGUUGAGUUGCCAAGUUUGGAAACGAGUUUCAAUGAAUCUUCUGAGUUUGUUCUGCUUGGUGACUCGUGGCCGUCCGUUAAUCAAUCCUGGUGUUAUGAAGAUUAUGAAACGCCUUUUUGUGUACAGAAGUGGAAGUCAAAACAUGGUGACCCAUUUCAUAGCUGUAAGGAUGUGAGAGCGAAGAAAACUUGGGUCCCCAUCUUGUUUCGCAAGGAUGCGUGA